AUGUGCUGUUGUUCAUGUUGCACAGUUUCGGACCUUAUCCUCUAUAUAGUAGCGUUUUUCAUCCCACCUGUGGGUGUACUGUUAAGAAGCGGAUGCUGCUCUUCAGAUCUGCUACUAAACGUGCUUUUGACGAUGCUCGGCGUGGUUCCAGGGAUGAUCCACGCUUUCUACUACAUUACAGUGACAAGUCCACUGAGAAGGGAGGAAUCACGGUAUUACUACCAGAGUGGUUGGGAAGAUGGCCGUCGUACACACCAAAGGGAUUCUAGACCGUCUCAACAACAGCAGCAACAGCCGCAACAGCGGUCUGAUGGUGGCGUGGUGAGAAAUGAACCCUCAGCACAAACACCACUGAUUGCCCCUCAUAAAGGUAAGAAUGGUGGCCCCCAGGACGAUAGCUCGCCACCGCCAUACACUGAAUCGGUCUGA